CUGUUGAAACCAUCCUAUCUUCCCAUCUCUGCCUUCUUCAAUUAUAUUUCCAACCAACAACAGCAAUGGAAAACCAUGUUCAAGAGCCCUUAACCACUUACCCUAAACCGGGUCUAACCAAAGAACAAGAACAAGUUGCCGAAGAAAUGAUGAUGGGCAUGCAAGCGUCGAGGAUCUUGAACUCAUUGGCUUUUCCCAUGGUUUUCAAAGCUGCCUUGGAGCUUGGCGUCCUCGACACAAUUGUUGCCGCUGGCGACGACGUAUGGCUAUCAGCUUCGGAGAUAGCUAUUGCUCUCCCUACCAAGCCCACCAACCCAGAGGCGCCAAUGUUGCUGGACCGGAUGUUACGGUUACUCGCCAGCCACUCGAUAUUGAAGUGUCGUAUAGUUGAGAGUGGAGAAAACGAUCGAAUCCGAAAGACCCAAAGAGUAUAUGCAGCUAAACCAGUUUGCACGUGGUUCGUAAAACGUGGUAAGAACUCGUCGGGUUCUCUCAUGCCCUUGUUCAUGUUGCUCCAAAGCCAAGUCUUUUUCAAAACUUGGACACAUCUAAAGGAUAUGAUUCAAGAAGGAAAAGAUGCAUUCAGCUCUGCCCAUGGCGUGAAACUCUUCGAAUACAUUGGGUUGGACGAACAAUUCGCUGGUAUAUUUAACCAGGCAAUGUCAGAAACUUCUAGCAUGGUCAUGAAGAAGAUUUUAGAAGUUUACAAAGGAUUCAAAGAUGUAAAUACUUUAGUUGAUAUCGGAGGAAGACUUGGCACCACACUAAAUCUUAUCACUUGCAAGUAUCCUCAAAUUAAGGGUAUCAAUUUCGAUUUAGCAGAGGUUUUAGCCACUGCUCCUUCGUAUCCAGGAGUGGAACAUGUAUCGGGAGAUAUGUUUAUAGAAGUUCCAAAAGGGGAUGCAAUCUUCAUGAAAUGGAUAUUACAUGACUGGAACGACGAAGAUUGUGUAAAGAUACUAAAAAACUGUUGGAAGAGUCUUCCGGAAAAGGGUAAAGUGGUAACCGUUGACAUUGUUACACCAACGGAACCAAAGAGUGACGACUUUUUCUCUGACAUAGUCUUUGGCAUGGACAUGUUGAUGUUAACACAACAAUCUGGUGGUAAAGAGAGGUCGUUUUCUCAGUUUGAAGCUUUAGCCUCUGCUUCGGGUUUUCAUAAAUGUGAAAUAGCUGCUCUCGCUUACACAUUUUCUGUUAUCGAAUUCCACAAAUAGAUUCAGAGUUUACCAAAAAAAAACAGUAAUUGAUUUCGGUGGGAGGAGAUCAUGAACUCUAAAAAGUUUUUACUUGAUGGUUUUUUAAUAAUAAAAAAAUGUUUGUAAUAAAAAUUUGUGGUGAUAUGGGUGUUUGUUUUUUUUCUUUCAAGAUUGUGUUGUCGUUUAGUGUCAACAAAAAUGUAAUAGUUCUGAUAAUUUUAAAAGAUGUUUGUAGUAUAUGGCAGUGUAAUACAGUGUUUGGGACACUGUAGUACUUGAUGCUCCCAAUUAA